AUGAAUCUUCCAGUAGAGCCAAUCGACAGCUGGUCAAGAGGAAUCCGCCGUCGUCUUCUGGUGGAACCGACCUUCGAAUCUCUUCAACCUAAUCGACAGCUGGUCAAGAGGAAUUCGCCGUCGUCUUCUGGUGGAACCGACCUUCGAAUCUCUUCACCCAACAGCUGGUCAAGAGGAAUUCGCCGUCGUCUUCUGGUGGAACCGACCUUCGAAUCUCUUCACCCAACACUUUUACUCGAAAUGGAAGUUUGCUCAACAAAUUUACUAAGCCUUGCCUCCCGAAAUGCUAUUUAG